UGAUACUUGUCAGCCCUAUAGGAAAUAUCGAUCGCAAUCGAUAAGUUGUAAUCGAAACGAUUUUCCAAUUGUCCAACGGUUGUUCAAAAUAUUGUUAAAAUUAUGUAUCUGGUUUGGUUCUUGAUAUAAAACAAUGAAUAUAACAUCACCGACCCUGAGUGUGGCCUCAACCUACGUAUCAGAGUUGGAGCAAGAGUAUGACUUCUCCCAGAAACGACGAUCUCUGAGGCUGAUCGAAAAGGAGAGCCGGUCUUUGACCGAUUCUUCCCUAAGAUGCACAUCCCCGCAAUUGUUUGGCGAAACUCAGGAUGAGGAUAGUCAGAAAUCGUGCCAGCAGCUAUGCCCGACCAAAAUUGUACAUCUAAAGGAUGUAGGGAAAGCAAGUCCCUCGGAAAAGAUAUUACGUUUCAAACCGGAUGAAGUUCAAUCUCUCACUCGACCGACUAGGAUUCUACAUCUGAAGCAGGGAAGAGACGAAAAGAAAGUACCAUCUAAAGCAUCACAAGAAGCUGCUAAUAAAUCUGUAAAUCGGAAGAGAAAGGCAGCUACUCAGCCGAAGGGUAAGCCAGGACGAAAGAGAAAGCCACCUGCUGAAGCCCAGACAUCAUCACUCUCCAAAACAAUGGACCAGCCAUUCUUGUUAGACACAUCACCCUCUACAUCAAAGCUACCUCUACAGUACCCAGCACACUUUGUCCAUCAGUUGCCACCCAUCCAGGACAAAAGCUUGGUACGCCAUAAACCAUUGGCGACUCCACCAGUUCGUCUUCAAGAACUAAGUCCCACACCCGAGUCCACGCCAUUGGCAGCCACGCUGGGCCCAUCCCCACCAGAUGUCGAUUCCGAUAGCUCCAUGACAAUCUCCUUGAGCGAUUCCAUUGGCGAGAUAUUUGGAACCAAAGAUAUAUGCACCAUACUUAAUGUGGAGUGCCCGAGGCAGUACAUUCUAAUUGAAGAACAUCUUCCCGCCAUGGCCACCAUGCUGAACGUGGAGUUGAGUCGCCUGCGAAGUGUUUUGGACAUAACACAGCGACUGACACACGAGCAGAUCGUCCAAUUCCCGAUGAAACAGGAUAGCCAAGUCCAGCUUAACUUACUUAACUAAUAUUUAGUAAACAGAUCUCCUGUAGAGAUCGCCCUUAAGUUCAUAAGUUAUACAAUUUUCGUAUAUUUAUAAGUGGUAUUUAAUUUUUUUUUUUGUUAUUUGCCUUAGACUUUCAGAGUGCACAAUUUUGUUUAAACCUUUUACUUUGUUGUAUAUUUUAAAUUACUAAUUCUAAACGUUAUCUAGACUUUAUUAUACUUCAUAAUUGGUUUGCUUCCCUCUCGGCGACAAAUCAGCAGCAAUCAUCUGGCUAUUUCUCUGACUCAUCUCGCAUCCUACUUUUUAUGUUAUUUCUGUUUGCGUUUCUAUGUUUCUGUUUUUUUUUUUUUGUAUAUACAACCGCGUGGAUUUAGUGCCGCAGAUCUCUAGUACUCGCUUUCGUAACUGCCAUCCUGCUGCGCCUGUGUA